AAAAACCAAAACGUUUGGUUAUUCGCCUAAAAUUGGCUUAUAUUUUUGUGUUUUUGAGGUUAUACUUCGCAUUGUUAUUAGGUUGUGUCUUAUUGUUUUCCGUCAUAAAGUGAAUUUGUUAUUAUUGGAGAUUAAUUCGCUUUUAUGAUUUAUUACUUUAUGGGUGAUAUUGUUAGCCAUAGUACUGUGUGCUUUUUCAGCUAUAACUGAUAGGAGCUUAUUAUUUGUUUUAUUACUGAUAAGAGACACCGACUACCGUAGGGCAGUUCUUUUAAGGAUACUGGAUCUUUAGCACUCUUUUGGAUCACUGCUGUGUAACAUUUUUAAACAAAGGUCAAAAUGGUAAAAGAUUCAUCUGGAAUCACCACUCAAGUUAAAAAGAAAAGAAAACCGAAUGCAGAAACGGAGCUCCAAACUGAAAUUUAUCAGAGAGUAUGUGAGUUUGAAGAAAAAGAAGCUAAAAACAGGGACCUGCUUAAAGACUCUGAAGUAUUUUAUAAAAAUAUAGAUGACAUUUGUGAUAAUUUACAACAAAUUCGCAACCUGAAACUCACCCAGAAAGAAAAAACUUCUGAAAAAUCUGAUAAACUAUCAAUGAACCUUACAAACAUUGUCCUGAACGUAUGCGUUAUCAAAAAACUAAACCGAAUUGAUAAAUUAAGCCUGGUAUCAGAACGAGAGAGCCUGAACCAAGAAAAGCAAAAGUGCGACAGCAUAAAACUGACAUGCCAAAACCUGGUUUACGAAUUGCACCAUUUGGUCUCAAAAACGAACAAAUGUCUAUCUUUUCAAUCUGAAGAUCAAAAUAUCGAACUGGUAUCAGUGGAAGAUUUCAUGAAGAAUGCCCCAGAAGAGGUCACCAACAAAUUUAAAGAUCAUGAUCCGAAUAACGCGGAACAAGAUCACGCCUUAAGGUUGGCAAGACUUGAAUGGGAGCUAACCCAGCGUAAAAAUUUAGCUGAGGAGUGCAAGCUGCUGGAAGAGAAGAAGAAAAAAGUUGUUUCAGAAAUAACCGAAAGAAAAGAAAAACUAAGCGACUUAUUACCUUUACUAAAUAUGGUAAUAAAAGCGGCAAAACCUUUGCAAGAACAUUUGGGAGUCUCCGCGGACCAUACCAGAAAAGAACAUGACCUUGCGCCUCUUUUAGCUGAUCCCAUUUACAUUCUUUAUGCCAAUAUUGUUGCAUACAAAAAUGCCUUUGAAACUACCGUUAACGUCACAAUUUUGGGAGAAAAAGACGAGGCAGUACAAUUUAAUGAGGCACAAGAAGUUUCCAGCUCCAGUUGUUUAAAUGAAGAUGAUUCAGAGUCUGAAUCAGAUUUACCGGAAGUAGAGGAAGUAGUUGAACCAAAGAAGAGGAGACAUAGAAAGUCCGUCCAGCAAGUAGAUCCUUUAGAAGAAAAGAAGAAAAAGAUACUGGAAAUGCAUCCGUUAAGAGUGGAACUUUCUUUAUCGGUGGAAGACGGUCCUAAGCUAUCUGUAGUAUUCAGUUAUUACACCAAAUUAAGACUGGUCACGGCCAACUCGCAGGUCGAAGUUCCCAUUAAGAUUACAGCAAACACCGCCAGAGAGAUACUUUCGGGCCAUAACAUCCUUAGUGAGUUAUUCGAAGGGGAUACGGGCCUGGAAAGUCCCAACCCAAGCACUGGAUAUUUGCUCAGAAAAAUGGGAAUAACUUCGUUUCAAACCCUUGUCCCAGACGUGGGUUAUGCUUAUAGAUGGGCCCAGUCGGUUUGUGGGAUUAAUUAUGUUUCUGUUAAGAAAUACUGCGAAACUCUUAGCCAACAGAGUGUGGAAGCCGUUUUGAAAAUAAUGAGGAAACGGUUGAACAAUAGAACACAUUUGGCCAAGCAAAUGCAACAGUUGGAGCAAAACAUACUGCCCACAAUCCCAGAGAGUAUUGAUGUGCCCAAAAACCACAUAUCGAGCGUUUCAAAAUGGUCUUCAACAACUUAUCAGAAAUUUUGCCAGACCAAGUUUACACAGCCCAUUGUCGACGAAGAGUUUUUAUCUCCGUCAGAUUUGUAUUAUUUAGCACAUAUUACCAGGGGCGAAGCUUGCCUGCAAACGUUCGUGGUAAUAAAAAACACUUAUCCAACUCCUCCGCCAAUUUUCGUACUCAACUUACACUAUAAGGGCGAGUAUGGAUCAAAUAAUUGCGAUGAAAUCCGAGACCUGGAAGCUGUAUUAAAUACAAACUGGAAUUAUGGCAUAAAAAGCUCAUCCUGGUUACUUUCAGCUCAGCUGAGCCAUCUCUGUUCAUUCCUUGACGUUUAUUUGGAAAUACUGGAUCCGAAGACGUUUACUCCUAACGCGAAGUUUAUUCGCCCUAUUAGUCAAAUCUGUUUUUCAGCGGGAGAAAUCGUCGAAGACCAUUUAAGUUCAGAAAAAUUGGCACCGGUGUGUUUACUCAAUAUUAAUUUGUAAGAAUUUUGCAAUUUAGUUGGUUAAAAUAAAAGUUUUUCACGUAUA